AUGGCAAGUGAAAAAAAUAUUUUUGGUCAAACAAAUGAAUCAAACUUACAUAAGGUCAUACGCAGAGUUGAAGAAAUAUGGAAUCGUCGUUUCAUGCAUUCCAAUUGUGUUUUAAAUAAUACAAAUAAAGGACAAAUAUCAAAAAAGUCAACUAAAGAUGGAAGAAUUAUCUCAAUUAUUAAUAAAAAUAUUUAUCCUAUAAAAAAUUCCAUUAUUCCAAAAAAACGCACGUAUCGAAAAACGAAUAAAAAUGAUAAAAUUAUUCCAGAAAAAUUGAAUAUGAUGCAGCAAAGAGAAUUCGGAACACUUUUUCAGAAUGAAAAAUCUGAAAAAUAUAAAAAUGAAAUUUUAAAUUCAACAGAAAAAAAAAAUAUAGCAAUUUCAAAAGACAAUCCGCUAUUAAUAUCAGCUGAUUUGUUAGAAAAGAGUUUUCAUAAGAAAAAUUUGGAACGCAAAUCCGAAAUAAAAAAACAACUUUUUGAGAUAUCUUCUAAUACUACUGCUCGACCAAAUUUAAAAAGAAAUUCAUCCGAAGAAGAUGAAAAAGUCAUAAAAAAGCCAAAAGUUAGUUCUAAUCCUUUGACCUUAAAUACGCCGAAUGACGUAAAUUUACUUGCUCUGUCCACUAUUGAAGUAAUAAAAGUACCAGAGAAAGAAAAAGAAGUAAUGCAAGAUCAGAACACAAAAUCUCUUGAUCAGUAUAAUGCACCUUCAUUUAAAUCGCCCACAUCAUGGUAUACUUCAGACACAAUUAAUGAGUACAUUAAAAUGAUAGUAAAACGGUCAGAAGGUGAAGUUUAUGCAGUUGUCACUGAUUUUAUUGUAGCGUAUCUUCGAGGAGGUUAUCCAGCUGUAAGAAGAUGGAUAAAAAAAGAUAUUCACACAAUAAAAUUACUUUUUGUGCCCAUGAAUGUAUAUGAGAGUCAUUGGAUAUUGACAGUGGUUAAUAUACCUGAAAAGACUGUGACAUCAUAUGAUAGUCUUAAGUCGUAUAAGGGUCCUUAUCCAAUGACAUUAAAAAAUUUCUUAAUUGAAUGGGAGAUGGAUAAAAAAGGAAAAGCUUCUACAUAGACAUUACAAAUAGGCGAGACAUCUCGCCAAACCAAUGGACAUGAUUGUGGGCCAUUUACUGUUGAGCUGGCAGAAAAAAUGUCUCGAGGAGAUACAACACCAAUAAAUGCAAAUUUUAUGCCUUUUAUAAGAUUAAGACACAAAAAUGAAAUUAUUGCUGGCGAGCUAUUCUAUUAAUAUUUUUU